AUUGGUUGUGACAUCUGCCCUAUUAGUCAAUUAUCAUUUUGAAGUUAGAUUUGGAAAUAGAUUCUUAUGAAAUCAAAGUAAAAUACUAUAAAACUAAACACAUCAUAAAAGACUAACAAAUUAUAGCUGAUUUUAUCAACGAUGGAGGUUCAUAUCUUGCUAUUAUUCGUCUCAUUAACUCUAAUCAUAACCCGGUUCUUUCAAAAGCGCAAAAAGAACAAACCGCCCGGUCCAACCGGUUUACCCAUAAUUGGAAACCUCCACCAAUUAGGCCCAAAACCUCACUCUUCCCUCUCUUCCCUCGCCAAAACCUAUGGCCCCAUCAUGUCCCUCCGUUUCGGCUCCGUCACCGUCGCCGUCGUCUCUUCCCCUACAACCGCCCAACAAAUCCUCCAAAAAAACGAUCAAUCCUUCACCGACCGUCCCAUCCCUGAAUCAGUCGCCGCUCAGCCAAACGUCAACGACACCCUCGCUUGGGCCCCAGCCGACUCACGGUGGCGCAACCGUCGCCGGAUAUGCACCACUCAAAUAUUCACCGCACAACGCCUCGACCUCCUCCAACACCUCCGUCACCGGAAAGUUCAACAACUAAUCCAACACCUUCACAAAAAAGCCGAGGAGAGAACAAGCGUAAACAUAGGCGAAGUCGCUUUCGCCACGAUGCUGAACUUAGUUUCCAACACGGUGUUCUCUGAGGACAUGGUUGACUCUGAAUUCGAAAGUGCCGGUGAGUUUAAAGAACUUGUGUGGAGGAUCAUGGAAGAUGCCGGGAAAGUGAAUGUUUGUGAUUAUUUUCCGGUGUUGAAGAGAUUUGAUUUGCAGGGUGUGAAGAUACACGUGAAGGUUUCUUAUUUGAGAUUGCAUGAGAUUUUUGAUCGUAUGAUUCGGAAACGUGUUGAAGAUAGAAAGAGUUCGCGUAGUGGUGGAUCUAUUAAAAAUGAUUUUUUGGAUGUUUUGCUUGAUGAUUGUGAAAAAGAUGAAGCCUCUGUUUUCAGUGUUCAAAGUAUCAAGCCUUUGAUUCUGGAUUUAUUUAUUGCUGGAAGUGACACUUCUGGAUCAACAAUAGAAUGGGCAAUGGCAGAACUUCUCCACAAUCCAGAAAUAAUGGAAAAGGCAAGAAAUGAAUUGAUUCAAGUAAUUGGUGACAAAUCCAACCAAGUCAAAGAAUCAGACAUUCCAACACUUCCUUACAUCCAAUCAAUAGUCAAAGAAACACUUAGACUCCAUCCACCUGUACCACUUCUCUUACCUUACAUUGCAGGAAAUGAUGUUGAAAUCAAUGGUUACACAAUUCACAAAGGAACCCAAGUUUUGAUUAAUGUAUGGUCUAUUGGAAGAAACCCUGAGUUUUGGGAUGACCCUUUGUUGUUUCAACCUGAAAGGUUUCUUAAUUCCAAUGUUGAUUUUAAAGGAAGGGAUUUUGAGUAUUUGCCUUUUGGUGGUGGAAGGAGAAUUUGUCCUGGUCUUCCACUUGCUAAUAGAAUGAUUGUUUUAAUGUUGGCUUCUUUGUUGCAUUCUUUUGAAUGGGAGCUUCCAAAAGGUGUUAAUCAUGAAAUGCUUGAGCAAUAUGGAAUUACAUUGAAGAAGCUUACUCCUCUUUUUGCUGUUCCAAUUUCAGUUGUAUGAAAAUAUAUAUACAUGCAGGUAUAGAGUUGUGUUGGGAAUAAGGCACUUAAGAAUGCCAAUGGUUUGAUCUUAUUAUCUUCUUUAAGACACUAAAUACUAAGUGUAGACACCUCUUCCAAUUAGAAGAAUGCCUUUAAUGUUAUUUUGUUGUGUCCAAUUGUAAAUGGUUAAGUUAUACAUCAAUUAUAAAAAAACUAAAUAUCGAUUAUAUAA